AUGGCGAGUGGCAUUGCUAGGGCUGCUUCUGGUUCUCCCCCUCGCUCAGGGGCAAACCUUAAGGGCUUCAUGGGUGCUUCCGGGAGCUCGUGGGAUACAAAACAAUUCAACUACUUCGAGAUCAAACCAAGGGCGGCCCGCAUUGCUACUGGAUUCCCUUCAUUCCUGGCCAACUUUCGCACGUCCUGCCUUCAGCCGGACAUUCAAAAGCGACUUAAAGAAGUUGGGUCCGGUACCCUAACCCAACUCGAUCAUCAGAAGCUCUCGAUGGGCUUUGGGGGGGAGCUUAGCCCAGCAGGAACCAUGGUUGGGCCGUUUUACGCUUUCCUAGCCAUGGUCAAGGAGAUACCCCAUGAUGAAGCCCAAGACGUUGCGCGUCAACACCCGAAGCGUGACACGAAACCCGUCCAGCGCCCUGGCUAUGUCCGGACAGAUUCUUUGGAGCUGGAAGGGUCUUCCCCCGAGAUGUCAAGCGAUGACGAUGGCGACAAGUCGUAUACUGCCAAGAGCGAGGACACGGACCAAUCUAGUCAUGAGCGGCGGAAGAAACCAGAAAUAGUCACCCAGGUAACAUUGAUUCUAUUUAACCAGGUAGUUUACGAAGGCUCCGAUCUGAACCAGCGAGGCACCCGGCAGCGAACACCUGAAGUGCAGCGGUUGGAGUGGCACAUUACGCCUACAAAAUUCUACAUUAGCGCCCCCAGGGUCGGCUCUACCUCCAUCAGCGAUGGCAGUCUUUUUUGGAAAAGGUAUGAUUCCAAUAGUAACUGGGUAAUGAAGGAUCCACUUGUGUAUUGCUCUGUGGAGUUGUCUGAGUACGAUCGAACCUUGGAUCUUGCUUUGAAACUAGGGAAGCUAGACCUGGAUAAUAAGAAGACCCCUACCCUUGAUGUCUUUGAGACACACCAGUAUAACCUUUCCAAUCCCGAUGAUCGCGAGCAGGCCGCAAAGAUAUUGCUUGCUAUGGGUGAAUACCAUGGUCAGAACGGGCCUUUGCUGAAGGACUGGGUUUCCAAUGGCUAG